GUUUAUGAUUACCUCGGUUGUUGGAAAUAUGUUCCCAGCAAUGACAGCAAGUUUCUUCCGAAAUUCAACUUAUCACCCUCAAAGAAUCACGUUUCAGCAGUACAUGACUGUGCUCUAGCCGCGCGCUCGCGUGGGAUCCCUGUGUUUGGAAUAAGAAACAGUUCGGAAUGCUUGGGUAGCGUGCACGCCGCACUGACCUACAUGAGGUAUGGUCCAUCUUAUGAGUGUUACAAUGGCACAGGGGGACCAACAGCUAUGGACGUCUACAGUUUGGAAGGUAAUUACAACACAGAAUUCGAUUUGGACGCACGAUAACAACAACAUCAACAUUAAUUUCUGUAAUUUUUCUUAAUUACACUUUCUUGGCGCGCAGUUAGCCAAAAAUUGUCGAGACCAACGUUUCUGCAAUCUGUCUGUUUGGCAAGUGUCCAAGACACUUUCCAAUUAUAAACUUUAUUCGAAAUUGACGACUGCUUCAUCCCAUAUAACUAACUAUUAUAUUAUUUUCCUUUUAAUAACAUCUUCAUUUUUUAAUUUUCCAUUGUUGUUAAAAACUGUAAUUUUUAUGUCAUAUGUGUUUUUUUACACCACAACGUAAGUUGGGCAAUUGAAUCUCAGGAAAAUAAUAGUUUCAUACAAUAAAUCGUAAUUAUUGUUUCUUUGUAUGAGCUGCAAAGCGCUCCAUUCUCUCUGACUGAGUGUCAUUCGAUUUUGAGAAAAACAGGUCGAAAAGCCAGAAAACUCCACAGAGCAAAUUUUCAUUGGAAAAAAUCAGUCUGUAAUGUUAGAGGCUUUAAUCACCAGGAAACAAACGCCACUUACACCUAGACGAAGAGCAGGAAAAAAGAAACUUCAUCUAUGAUCUCUACAGCUCCACAUAUGCAAUUAAAAAGAACGACUUUGCUCAGAAUAUUCCAUCAAAUGCUGCCAGACACCCAUUGGUUAAAGGUGGUCACGUGAGACCGGUAAUGCUGCAGCCUCUCUUUAAGGAAAUCGACGAACGCGAUUUUGGUGGUAGGUGAUUUUCUGAGUGCGCAAGCAAUUUCACUUACGUAUCUUUUCACAGUUGACGUCACGGCGGCCAUAUUGGUGUACAAAUAUAAAAAUAUUUUUUAUGUAAAAACUUUCUUUUCCAAGAAAUUUUCUGCUGCUGACCACCUGAGUGAGAACAAUGUAUAAAGAGUAGCUGGUUGAAGCAGGGGCUAGGCAAGGAGAGGGGGAACAGAGUAACGUACGUGCUUAUCACCUCAGCGAUUGAGUGGUAGCUAGGUGUUAGGAUAUUAGCUUAAAGACGCUUGUCAAUUUUAGGGAAUUUUUCUCUUCUUAUUAGCUUUAGAAAGGCGCGCAAAAUAGAACAAUCGAAGUGCAACAGCUCAUUAUCAAAGCAGCUAUUAGAAUUGACAAAUAAUCUAAUUGCGUCUUGCUCCGAUUGUACCCUACUUGGACCCUCAGGCUACUGACGUGCUUGGUUUAAUUUCUAUAAAUGGUUUCCUCAAAAAUGAAUUUACUUCGUCUUUGAAUUUCAGUAUACAGACCUCCAGUGAGUGGAACGAAUAUUCUGACCAAUCCAAGCUUUGAGGAUCCAUUGAUUAAUGACCCGGUAAAAGGUUGGAGCUGUCAGGGCGAGACUGAUGAUCCUCGGGGCGGUGUUAUUGCACGGUAUACCCAGGAAUAUCCAAAGCAAGGACAAUACAGUGGGAUUUGUCUGGCUCGAUUGUCUGAAUGGGCAGGACCUGGACAGUACGUAGGUGAGCAGUGUGAAUUCCUACAACUGUAACAAUUGUAAUUCCUGUCGUCAAUUGGUUUGAUUUGUCCCCUUCGUAGUGCAACUNAAAGCAGCUAUUAGAAUUGACAAAUAAUCUAAUUGCGUCUUGCUCCGAUUGUACCCUACUUGGACCCUCAGGCUACUGACGUGCUUGGUUUAAUUUCUAUAAAUGGUUUCCUCAAAAAUGAAUUUACUUCGUCUUUGAAUUUCAGUAUACAGACCUCCAGUGAGUGGAACGAAUAUUCUGACCAAUCCAAGCUUUGAGGAUCCAUUGAUUAAUGACCCGGUAAAAGGUUGGAGCUGUCAGGGCGAGACUGAUGAUCCUCGGGGCGGUGUUAUUGCACGGUAUACCCAGGAAUAUCCAAAGCAAGGACAAUACAGUGGGAUUUGUCUGGCUCGAUUGUCUGAAUGGGCAGGACCUGGACAGUACGUAGGUGAGCAGUGUGAAUUCCUACAACUGUAACAAUUGUAAUUCCUGUCGUCAAUUGGUUUGAUUUGUCCCCUUCGUAGUGCAACUGCAAUCCGUGACAUAAGAACUUGGGUCAAUUGAAGGAAUAACGUUGACAUGUUGUGCUCCUUGUGCUCAACGUCCUUUUUCCCUGUUCCUUUCAAUGUUGGCCUCGAACUUGGACAAUUCCACCGAAAACCCAUUACAAAACAACAUUAGAAGAGAGAAAGGACAGGCAUCAGGGCAGUGUAAUCCAAGUUAAAUGUCCUUGAUUGGGGGUGUUAUAGCGAAAAACAUCCAUAUCAAGGAAAAUUUAAUUUGUCUGAAAUAAUGAAUGUCUGAAUGGGGGGCACGAUGGCUAAACUCAUAACCUCUAUCCGAGGCUCUGACUAAUUUUUUCCACAGGAAACAGAGUUUUGCCAGGUCGAGUCUACAAGUUUGAAGGAUGGACAAAGCUUUUGGAUCGCAAACGAACAGGAGACAUUCACAGUCUUGAGCUGUGGCUCAGGUAUAAGAAAAGAGGAGAUAAGGAACAGAAAAAUAAACUGCUUGCUAAGAGAACUAAAUAUUCACAAGGUAAAUAUGAAUAAAUGAUAAACCACAUUCAGUACUACAUGUUCAAGACCGGCCUUCUUACUAAUAUUGCCAUGAUUUUUUUAAAGCUUCACCCUAAAAGUUUCAUAUAGCUGGACCAUGAGGGUGUUGAGGUGGGAUCGAAAAAUAAAUGGCCAUGAGAACGAGAUUGAAAUUCCAACUCUGUCAAUGUCCCCCACGAACUCUCCCUCUAUCUUACUAGCGCGCAAGGUGGGAAAGGGGGGCGGAGGUGGAGGUGCUCCCCUUAUAUCAGAGACGUCUGGGAUAACCUGAGAUCAGGCUCUAUUUUCGUUUCCUAAGAGAGAAUGCAUAAGAACUGCUAAACUUGGGCCUGAUCUCAGGUUACGUCUGGGCAGACUAGGCUGAAUUGACCUGAAAGGCUAGUAUUCAUAAUAAUUGUCAUACUUACCACUAGUGCAAAAAAAACAUAUUUCCUUACAUUCUAGACUAUGGCUGGGUGCAAUGGCAGACUGCGUUUGAGAUGCCGCUCGCCAGAGCAGGAUUCCAGUUCGUCUUUAUUUACUUCAAAGGACCAAAGCCGACUGUCGAUAUUCUAUUGGAUGACUUGUAUCUUGGGGAAAUAUUACAGCCAUCUGAUUGGAAAAGGAGCAGUGAUGUAUUGAUCAAUAAAUACAGGAAACGAAACAUUCAAUUCAGGUUUGAAAUCAGUUUGGUUUUAGGAAAAUGAACUCAAUUCUAUCGUUUUCUUUUAAGUCUUCAUUAUAAUUAUAUUAUGGAUUUUUUUUUUCAGAGUGAAUAUCACAGGCUCUCGAUAUACUUCAGAUCUGCUCCCGAAACUUAAGAUCAAAGUAAGUUGGAUAUGUUAGUGGACAUUCAGGCUAUGUUUACAUUAUACAAUUUCUGAUCUUUCUGUAAAUCAAAAAUGUUCGGCAGAGACCUUUGGUUAUGUUUACUUGGCUUUCUCACGAAGCUUUGACUCUUAGGACGUAUAAUCAUUCAAAUGAAAGCUACCAAGCAGUCCUUUUGCUUUACUGUUGAUCGGGCGGUUCAAUGAAGUUUGAAUUAUUGGACUUUGUGAAGAAGGCCUAUACAAUGACCACUCCAAAGACAGCCGUUCAGCAGAACGUUUCCAAACAAUGUACCUGUCCAUUCAUUGGGAUAAUUGGGUUCUAGAUACAUUAUAGUGUAGUGAACAUGCAAGGUACUAGCAAGUUUCCCAACCAGAACCACGAAAUUGCAGCUGUUUUAUUCCAUUUUUAAUGUUCUACUCUAUUCAUACUCUCAUUGGUUUACGCGCACAUUGACGUGUAAAAAGUUUGUCGCCUGGUUUAUGCGCAUCUUAAAAUGUACCCGUAUGUAAAACAUGACGUUUUUUCCUGUAGGUAAAACAGAAAUCGCAUCUUUUUGCCUUUGGUGCUGCUGUGAAUAGUAACUUCCUGCUGCACAAACCCGAAUAUCGCGAUUUUUACCUGAAAAACUUUCAGUGGGCCGUCCUGGAAAGUUCUCUAAAAUGGGGUUACGUCGAACCUAAAUUGGUGAGUUAUUUACUAGAGUCAUGACUUUUUUCAAUCACGUACUCAAAAACUACUUAUUUGCUUUGGGGGCAUUAAAAGACGCGAUACAUAAAGGGAUUGAAGCAAAUGAAUAUCAGAGUAAUUACUCCUUCUCGUGUUUAAAUUAUCACUUCUGGGUGCUUGGAUAUCAGAUGAAACAGCUCUUUUCGAGUUUCAUAUAUUACUUCUAAGCGUUUGGAUAUCAGAUAAAACACUCCUUCUUGUGUUUGGAUACAACUGAGAUGACACACUCGAUCCUCGUAUUUGAUAUAUUACUUCUAAGUGUUUGGACAUCAGAUGAAACACUCCUUCCCUUGUUUGGUCAUGAUAUGUAGCUUCUCAGUGUUUGAAUAUCGGAUCAAACACUCCCUCUCGUGUUUAAAAUAUCACUCCUCGGUGUUUGGGAAAAAAACUCCUUCUAGUGUUUGAUAUACUACUUAUCGGUGUUUGGUUAUCUGUUGAAACACUCUUAAACGUGUUGACAUAACAUUUCUCUGUGUUCAGGAAUCAGUUUAGAUAUUACUUUUUGGUGCUUGGAUUUUAGAUGAAAUAAUGCUGCUUAUCGUGUUUGACCAGUGUUAGUGUUUGGAUUUCACAUGAAACACUCCUUGUCGUGUCAGACGAAUUACCCCAUAUGGUACUAUUUUGUUGUUCUUAGAGUCGAAAUACGCAAAAUAAAAAGCAAAUUUACUAUUCUAACUGCACUGUGUGUUAUAACUGACGCACCGUUUGCGUUUUGAACUUAUUUUAGGUACAUUUCGCUUCAGGGUCACAUAAGUUAUGACAUUGCGGAUAAAGCUGUGGAUUUCCUCCAAGCUAACAAGUAAGCCAUGCUAACUCAAGGUUUUCCUUGUUAUACCACUAUGAUGAUAGUGCUUCCUGAUAACUCUCCUUGUACAGUACAGGUAACAUGUCAAUCUAAAUUUUGAAACCUAUUGAGUAUUGAAUAGGUACCAGAAAUUCAUGCCCUAUUUACGCUUACUUUCCCCCUCUCUCAAUAAGAGAAAAAAGGAAGCUCUCGACUGCACCCAGGAUGCCUCGUAAUGCGUAGUUAAGAUGCAUUUUCUUGUGCAAAAACUGUGAUAAAUGCUGCAAAACAUGUGAUUUUCUGUAUAUUUUUUCUAGUUUUGAGAAUUUUUUAAAUUCUUAGCCAUUUUUUAGAGACUUCUUCAAACGUAUGUGCGUUUUCCCUAAUUUUCUUUACCUUCAUCCCUGGUAGAAAUGUUUGUGUUAAAUCAGUCCUGAAGGUAACGUUUGGUCAUUUCACUCAUAAUAUUUAUGCCACAUUGUUUGCGUUUUAGCAAGAUGAUCCGUGGCCAUUGCGUUUUCUGGGCGGUUGACACAGAGGUUCCAUUUUGGGCGAAGAAACUUCCAAGCGAUAAGCUCAAGAAAAAGAUGAAGGAUAGAUUACAAAGUCUUCUCUUUAGAUAUCGAGGACGGUGAGUCAGUGCUCCUAUCCUCUUUUAAAAAACAGAUUGUUUUCGAAAUGUGUUGUUCGUAUAUGAGGAAUUCCAAGUUUCCCUUAGCGAUACCUAGCUAUGCACGCCGGUAGAAAGGGCUUGCAAAAAGAAGAAACUUGGAACAUGUUUUACCUUUCUGGAAUUGGGCGGCCCUGUUUCAACACUUUCUAAAGGAAUGAAAAAACCUUAAGCCUCUGACGUAAAAGAUUAACCCUACCUGUUACGUUUGUAGCUUUAUGCAAUGGGAUGUUAACAAUGAAAUGCUACAUGGUUCUUUUUUCGCGGACCGCGAAGGAUUAGCCAUUCGAGACUGGAUGUACUUAACAGCGGCUAGUGUUGAUCCCGGCGUUGAUUUGUUUGUCAACGAUUUCGAUGCUGUAGAAAAUGGACAAUUAACCCAGGUAAGUUAUAAUUUACCGUUAAAAAUUCUUGGACGUUAGUGGAGGGAAAGGCUAGUUUAAGCAACAAUCACUCACUGAAAUGUUUAUUCAAGCCCUAUUUGCAUUAAGAAAAUGAGUGAGUUUGAGAAAGUUUCCUUGCAGAUACUUUUAAGAACUGCGGAAAGGACAAAUUUAUUUUCCCAAAGUCUUAAAAUUUUUGAUUUGCUUGUGUAUCGGAAUGACAAACAUAAUUAUGCGUCUCAAUUUCACCAGGCCUUUCUUGAAGAAGUCCAGGAUUUACUAUCACGAGGAAUUCCCCUGGACGGAAUUGGAGUUCAGGGUCAUUUCACUGGUCACGUGAAUCCGACACUUCUUCAGGUAAAUACGUUAACGGUAGUUUUUGACACUUUUAUAAUGAAUUUCAAAGUCGGCUUUUAUCUACCAAGAGGUGAGAUAGUCACUCAAACCGUACGGAGGGAGAAUUAUGGAAAAGAGAGGAAAGCACCCAGUCUAGCCAUUAGGAUAUGUGAAUUUCACCAAAGUUAUUUUUAGACUAAUUAAACGUAAGUUGAUUUCCAAUGAGGUCUGCGAACUUUUAUUCAGUGUUGUAAAGAGAGAGUAUUGGGACAUUGUGCUGUCAUGGUUUGUUGACAUUACAUCAUUCUGCAUUGUUCGCUUUGAGGAAGUCGUGCGCAUGGACUUGAUGACGUUUCAAACAAUGAUCAAAUGUGCGGACGUCCCAGGAAUAAGACUUCCGUUUAAUCACAACCUCUUAAACGCCCUAAGAUUACCUAUAUGUCUCGUUAUUAUCUCCUGCUCAAAUCUUUAAAACUGGGCUGAAACUCACUGAUCUUAACUAAUGUCGAGAAGUGGAGGCAGUACCAGGUAAUCUAUCAGCCUCUGAUCAUGGAGGAACAAACUCGAAAGUAAACCUAGUACGCCGAAAUAGAGAUGACUAGUAACUUAAAAGGACAGUAUCACCAAGAAAGAUUUAGAACUAUGCGAUUAUCUAAUCCUAUUAUAGUGUUUAUGUAAGUCAAUGGAAAAUGCAAAAUAUUGCCGCAAAUUUUGCUAAAAGUUAUCAUAGAGCAGUUCUACAUGACGUCACGGCGGCGGCAUAUUGAUGUUCCGGAACAACGAAACGUCGGCCAUGUUGGUGUUCCAAACCAAUCGUGAGGGAGUUUGAAAUAGCCGGGGCGAAGUUUUCAAAGUUUGAUUGUGUCAUUUGGAAAAAAAGUCGCAUAAAAUCCAAUGAAUUAGUUGACACUUUGUGACUCCCUUUUUUUCACUUAUUGCAGUAUUAUUUGAACAUGCUAAGUAAGGCCAAGAUUCCAAUAUGGCUGACAGAAGUUGACGUUCUUGAGAAAAAUCCGUUUAAACGAGCCGAUGCGCUAGAAACUGUCAUGAGAGCUGCAUUCAGCAACCCAAAUGUCCAGGGAUUGAUUUUGUGGAGUUUCUGGAGCCAGAGUUCGUGGAGAGGUCCGUACACUUCUCUUGUGGAUGGAAACGACUGGCAGGUAACAAAGAAUACCACCUACCCCUCCCUUGAGCCAACAUUUACACUUACUUCUCACUUAGGGAAAAAUGUUGGCUUAGGGGAGGGGUAGGUGGGCAGUUUCCCAGAAACGUAUGAUGAUCCCAAAAGAUACUAAUCCGCCACUUUACAAGCAACAAGGAAUCUUGGGAUUUAGCUUUCGCACAGACGUCUGGGAUAGUUACUGGGGAUGGGCCGGUCAGCUAUUGGUCAAUGUUUUCCCUCUCCAUAGUAACAGUGUCUCAGUGGGAUGGUAGCUUUAUCGGUUGACAGUUAUUCUUUCCAAUUUUAACGGUUGACGGCUAAAUUUUAGGGCUUUUGACGGUUGACGGUUAUUUAGUGAAAAUUUAGUUAAAGAGUUAAAGUAAAUAUUAAUUUCUGUAUUAAUGAUUCCCCUUUGUAAAAGGCCUAAAACAGCGCUGAGUAAUGCUAACCUCACGGAUCUAUCUUGUUUUUCUAUUCUGCAUCUGUAGAUUAACGCCGCUGGUUUGCGAUAUCGCAGACUCCUGCAUCAAUGGACCACACACGUCACGUUAUCUCCCACGUUCACUGACCAAUCAAUGGCCUUUUUUGAAACACGUGGAUUUUUCGGAGAUUACGAGGUGACAUUACAACUUCCCAAUGGACUGAACACCACUCAAACCUUCACGUUGAGUCCUGGGAGUAAUCCAGUCGUCAUUGAACUCCAUUUACCAGGUAUUUGUUUUAUGAUUUUAUGCAUACCUAGGCUAGGUGAUUUAUCUCUCGCGCAACUGUUAGGAGUGUUUUAUUGUCCAUGAUUUACCAUAGUCUAUGUGGUUUAUCUUAUCGUUGUUAGAUCCCAGUCCAGCACAAGACAUAGAACAAGUGGGUCUAAAGCGACAAGAUGCCCCCUUAAUAGGCGAAGAUCCAAGAGUCUUAGCAAGUAUCAGCCACGGAGGCGAAGAUACUGAUGACUCACAAUAUGAAACUGACGAAGAGCAAGACGACGAAUUUCCACAAUCAGAAGACGAUGAUUCACCCGAAUUUGCUGGUGAAUAAAUGUCAAUAUUUAUUCUUGAGUCAGUUGUUCACUUUUUCGUUCCUUCCCGUUUCUCACGAUCACAAAUUGCGUCAGUUAGUAAGGUAUUCAAACUUCUGUAAGGCAAGCAAUGAGUCUUCAGGUAAUGGUAGAGAAGGUCCUUCUGUUAGUUUGGUAGACAAUCAUGCAGUCAAACAUUCAGGCUGUCACACUGUACUGUGAUUCCUGUCUGUCUUAAUCAGAUUCCAAUGAUAUACAAAAAUAACAUAGAUUAUUAAGAGCUUCAAUAAUAAUCAUUCUAUAGUUAAUUUAAAUCCUUAAAUAGUUUAAACUUAACUAAGAGUACUUUGUUGGAACGUGUUGUACUGAGUUACUGCGACAACGUAGUCUUUUACAUCACAGUUUUUGUAACAAACACUAAAUAUCAGUAGCUUUUAGCAUCUAGGGGCCUAGUGGAUCGCAAGCAAACUCGGGAAUAAAUUUUCUAGGCGCGCAAGGCACUUUAGAGAGAGUGACUUUUCCCAAAGGCCUUUGCCGCUUAACCUUUUAAACUUCCCGCGUUUCCUGAGACAGUUAUUUGUUUGAUUGUAUACAUUGCAAUAAUCCUCAGAUCCUUUGAAGUCUUCAGCUGGUUUAUACAUUGGUUGCUUUGACAACACGGAAUCCCUUACCCAACUCAAGUACCGAUACGAAGGGCAUCCGGCCAUGGUCCCGGAUGUAUGCAUCAACCACUGUGCUUCUAAGACAUUUCCUUUCGCUGGUCUGUUAAUGGCGUCGGAAUGCCUAUGUGGAGCUUAUUUCAACGAUGACGCGGAAGUUGAUAAUGAACACUGCAAGCUACCAUGUCAAGGUGACUUUCGGAGAAGCUGCGGUGGACGAAAGCACAUUGCAAUUUAUUCUACAGGUUUGAGUAACACUUUUUGA